AUGUUUUGUACGAAGAACCGAUACGUUAUCUCCAAAUUCCAUAUGGGAAGCAGCGGCUUGCAACAAUUGUAUUCCUCGCUAAUUGGUUAUUCGCAAAUCAAACCGUUUGCAUCGCUUAUUCAGAAAAGGCAUCCGAAAUUUAACAUCGAUGGCCCUGGUUUGGAUCACUUCAUCAAUAAGAUAAACAGUGAACGUUUGGGCAAGGUGAUGCCAAAGAUAGAAGAGAUGGAUGGGUCGUUGAGUACAAUAUCGUCGUAUGGCGAUGGAUUGAAAGUAAACUUCAUAACAUAUGGUUGUCAAAUGAAUGUAAAUGAUGUGGAAUUGGUGCGCUCAUUGUUGCUAUCAACAGGUUAUGUGGAAACAGAUGAUGUCAAAGAAGCUGACAUCGUAUUAUUGAUGACAUGUUCGAUACGUGAAGGUGCUGAAAACAAAGUGUGGGACGAGCUGAAAGUGUUGAGAAAGAUACGACGGAAAAAUGGUAUUGUUGGAGUUUUAGGUUGCAUGGCAGAACGAGUAAGGCAUAAUUUAUUGACAUGUACUGAAAAUGUUGAUGUGGUAGCUGGACCCGAUUCAUACCGUGAUUUACCGCGACUGUUGGCAAUUGCCCGCUGUGGAAGCAUGGCAAUAAAUGUACAACUAUCGUUAGAGGAAACCUACGCUGAUAUUGUUCCGGUUCGAAAGGACAAGUUUUCCAAAACAGCUUUUGUGUCAAUAAUGCGCGGUUGUGAUAACAUGUGCACGUACUGUGUUGUACCGUAUACGAGAGGACGAGAGAGGAGUCGUCCGAUGAAUUCCAUACUUGAUGAAAUCAGGAGUUUAUCUGAUGAGGGUGUGAAACAGGUGACUCUGCUUGGACAGAACGUCAACAGCUAUCGAGACCUAUCGGAAAUAUCGUUUCCUUCUACAUGUUUGACAGAACCUGGUAUGACUCCUGGAUUUCGCACCAAAUAUAAACCGAAGAAAGGUGGAUAUACUUUCCUUACCCUCCUGGAUAAAGUGUCACGAAUUGAUCCGGAAAUGAGGAUACGGUUCACCUCACCACAUCCUAAAGAUUUUCCUUUUGAGGUAAUAAAAUUGAUAAAAGAACGUCCAAAUAUAUGUAAACAAAUUCAUUUGCCAGCACAAAGUGGUAGCAAUGUUAUAUUGGAAACGAUGGAUCGUGGCUAUAGUAGAGAAAAUUAUUUAGAACUGGUCGAUUGCAUUAAAACUACCUUACCAAACGUGUCUCUCACCAGUGAUUUCAUUGCUGGAUUCUGUGGUGAAACCGAGGAAUUUCAUCAGGAAUCUCUGGAUUUGAUCAGACAUGUCGCUUAUUCUUUUUGUUAUGUUUUUCCUUAUAGCCAGAGGGAGAAAACAAAAGCAUAUCGACAUCUGAAGGAUAACGUACCGAAGGAAGUGAAGAAUAGACGCCAUCAGGAAUUGGCGAGCGUUUUUAGAGAAACAGCAUUGAAAUACAACAAGAGCCUCGUUGGAAGCAAACAGCUAGUGCUUUUAGAGGAAGUGAGCAAACGUUCUUCUGAGCAUUUGCGAGGUCGAAGUGAUGGCGGAAUUAGCGUAAUCAUUCACAAAUACUACAAUGAUGGUUCGAAAUUGGUGGAGCUAAACCCUGGUGAUUAUGUUGCUGUUAAGAUAACAUCUGCUAAUUCACAAACGCUCCAAGCUUUGGCACUUCACAGGAUAAAGCUGAUGGAUUUCGAAAAAUUGAGAAAAGAUAAUAGUGAGAAACAACCGAUCGACAAUGAAUGA